AUGGUGGAAGGAUGGAUUUGUACGUCAAGGGAGGCUAAACUGGAAUUCUUGAAACGUAAGAGGCUGCAGCGGAUGAAAACAGAGCACUCAAAUGAUUUUAGAACUGUGGGCAAGAUGAUGAGCAGGAGUGGUGGUGAUGCUUUAAGGGCUUCUUCUCCAUGUGGUGUGAGAUUACACAAAACAUCUCAUGCGCACAUAAAAAUUGACCGCAGUUCAAAUGAGAAAGUUGAAUGUUCCAAGCGCAAAGUGGAAAAAUCUGAGUCACCUGGCCUUGAAUGGAUUGAUAAAAUUCCAGAAUGCCCGGUGUACUGCCCAAGUUUAGUAGAAUUCCAGGAUCCUUUAGUUUAUCUGCAAAAGAUUGCUCCGGAGGCUUCGAAAUAUGGUAUCUGCAAGAUUGUAUCUCCAAUAAGUGCUACUGUUCCUGCUGGGGUUGUCCUUAUGAAAGAAAAAGCUGGUUUCAAAUUUACCACGAGGGUACAACCACUUCGUUUGGCUGAAUGGGAUAGUGAUGACAAGGUCACAUUUUUCAUGAGUGGAAUAAACUAUAGCUUUCGUGAUUUCGAGAAAAUGGCGAACAAGAUAUUUGCUCGUAGAUACUACAGUGCUGGGUGCCUUCCUGUUACAUUCAUGGAAAAAGAAUUUUGGCAUGAAAUAGCUUGUGGAAAGACUGAAAGUGUUGAAUAUGCAUGUGAUGUUGAUGGCAGUGCAUUUUCAUCCUCUUCUGAUGAUCCUCUUGGAAAAAGCAGAUGGAAUUUGAAGAAUCUUUCUCGGUUGCCUAAAUCUGUUUUGCGCCUUCUUGAAAGAUCAAUCCCGGGUGUCACCGAACCUAUGCUUUACAUUGGAAUGCUGUUUAGCAUGUUUGCCUGGCAUGUGGAAGACCAUUACCUAUAUAGCAUCAAUUAUCAUCACUGUGGGGCAGCAAAAACUUGGUAUGGCAUUCCUGGUCACGGAGCCCUCGAUUUUGAGAGGGUGGUCAGAGAGCAUGUUUAUACACGUGAAAUCUUAUCAGCUGAUGGGGAGGAUGGAGCUUUUGAUGUUCUUUUAGGGAAGACAACAUUGUUUCCACCAAAUGUGCUGUUAGAACAUAACGUUCCUAUUUACAAAGCUGUGCAGAAGCCUGGGGAAUAUGUUGUAACUUUUCCUCGAGCUUAUCAUGCUGGAUUUAGUCAUGGUUUUAAUUGUGGUGAAGCUGUUAACUUUGCACUUGGUGACUGGUUUCCCUUGGGUUCAGUUGCUAGUCGGCGUUAUGCUGUCCUUAACAGGAUGCCUCUCCUUCCUCAGGAGGAGCUCCUGUGUAAAGAGGCAAUGUUGCUCCAUAAAAGUCCGGGACAUAAAGAACUUGAUGAUUUAUAUGCGGAUUUGAUAUCUCACAACAGCAUUAAGGCUUCUUUUGUAAGUUUGAUACGCUUUCAGCAUCAUGUCCGGUGGUGUCUGAUGAAAUCAGGACAAUGCACAGCUGUUUCUUCAUUUUCACACGGAACAAUCCUCUGCAGCCUCUGCAAACGUGAUUGUUAUGUAGCCUACCUGAAUUGCAAGUGUUACCUGCAUCCAUUAUGCCUUCGCCAUGAUUUAAAAUCACUUGAUUUGGCUUGUGGAGGCAUUUCAUCAAUAGCCGUCCGGGAAGAUAUAUUGGAUCUAGAAGCAGUGGCAAGGCAGUUUGAGCAGGAGGAGAGCAUAUUACGGGAGGUUGAACAACAAUAUAGAUAUGAUGAUGACUUUCUUUUGUUAAUUAGGACAUUCCCAGGAGUUGCGAAUGAAGGUUAUGUUCCUUAUUGUGAGAUGUCAAUUGGAUUAAAUGAGGAAAGCUUCCUAAGACAUGGCCAGUUGAACCAUCCGCCAACUCGUCCUCCCUUGUGCAAUGGAACUGUAACUUCUCGGCCUGGAAUUUGUCACGAUUUUGAAUCAAGCACCGAACAUGUUAGUUCUCAGACUAAUACCAAUGAAGAAACCGAGGAUUCUGAUUCAGAAAUAUUCCGCGUCAAACGAAGAUCUUCUUCCACAGUGAAACACAAGAUUGCGCGCAAUUCGUUUUCUGUGAUAACUGAACCACAGGGCUUUAAGCGACUCAAGAAGCAUCUGCCGGAAGCACGCAGUGCCCGGUUAACUCACCAGCUGUGUUCAUCUGCUGACGAUUCAAGUCGUAGUUCGAGUUCGAAUUCAUUCGAAUUUAAAGUAGCCCCAGCUGGUGCCUCAUCGGGUAGGGGAAUUGGUAGUAUUCCCAUCUCCAUCAAGCUAAAGAAGCAGACGGUAAUAAACGAGAAACUCAUCUUAGGCAAACACGGAAAAUCCUCCCACAUCGAGAUUGCGCCCAAACGCCUCAAAGUCAGAGGGCCAUCUGCUUUAGGAUAUGACACAAGGCCUAACUGA